AUGCCGAAGCCGGGCCCUCUUCUUCCUCGCCACUGGAUUCGCAGGCGUGAUUUAAUGCCGGUACGCAAUACGCGUUUCCGAGUCUUACAAAACGAACAAUACUUGGACAAGAAGAAGCAGCUCAGCAUAACCAAUUUCAAAUCCGACUAUCCCGCCGUCUUCAAAAAAGCUUUCCUGGAUAUACCCGCAAUUGAAAAGUGGUUUCAGAAACUCAGUGAGCGGCCAGAGGAGCUGAAUACAGCAUAUCUGGAGCAGUAUGGCAAUGCAAUUGUGCCGUUGGAAUUGACCCGUGUUUCCACCAACGGCAGCGCUCGAAACCAAACUUUCGAGCGCUUCGAAGCACCGCUAUCCCUCCUUUUACAGCAUAUGAGUGCUGCUGAGACGCAAGACACCAGUUUGUACCUCGCGCAACACUCGCUAGCUGAUCUCCCAGCGCCGCUGCAAGAAGACCUCCCCACGCCCUCGCUCUUCCUACCGCACCUCAAGGCCCGUGGCGAUAUCUAUGCGUCAAGUCUCUGGAUGGGUAGACCGCCUACGCGCACGCCGCUACACCGCGACCCGAAUCCAAAUAUCUUCGUACAACUGGCAGGCAAGAAGACGAUUAGACUUAUGAAGCCUGAGGUAGGCAGGGGUGUAUAUGAGAUUGUAAGACAGAAAGUACAUGGGGCUGGCGGAGACGCGAAUAUGAGGGGAGAGGAGAUGAUGCAAGGAGGAGAAAUGGAGGGCUUAGAAGAUGCAGUGUGGAAUGACGACCCCGAGGUAAAAAUGGCUGACGCAACCGGCGUAGAAACAACUCUGAGGAGUGGAGAUGCGCUCUACAUUCCUCAUGGAUGGUGGCAUGCUGUUAGGGGGAUUGGAAGGGGCGCAAAUGCUUCGGUCAACUGGUGGUUCCGCUGA